UCCUCGGUAAAAGAGUCAGAGUGAGCCCUCUGUCUCUAUCCAGUCUCCUCUCUGUUAGCCGCUCCGUCUCCUCCGCUAGCUUAGCCUGCUAGCUAGCAGCACAGGUAAACAUGGCCAUGUCGCAGGCUCUGUCAGAGGAGGAGUUCCAUCGGAUGCAGGCUCAGCUGUUGGAGCUGAGGACUCAGAACUACCAGCUGUCUGAUGAUCUCAGGAAGAACACGACAGAGCUGAACGCCGUCCGUCAGAAGAAUGUGGUCCUGGAAAGAGAUUUUAUCAAAGCACAGAAGGCUUUAAAUAAGAGCAAGAAGGCUCAGGAGGUGGAGGCCUUACUGAGUGAGAAUGAGAUGCUCCAGGGGAAACUUCACAGUCAGGAGGAAGACUUCAGACUUCAGAACAGCACGCUGAUGACUGAACUCUCCAAGCUGUGUACGCAAAUCGAGCAGCUGGAGCAGGAGAACCAGAGCCUGAAGGAAGGGGGAGGAGCCUCUGCAUCCAGCCCUGCUCCUAACUCCGCCUCCAGCCCUGUGGAUGGAGAACUGCUGCGCCUGCAGGCUGAAAACGCCGCCCUGCAGAAGAAAAUGAAAGCCCUCCAGGAGUACUACGACAAAGAGCUCCAGAGGCAGGCGGUCGCGCAGGGAGCCAACACGGAGACAGACGGGUCAGCUGGCGCCAACGGCGUCUCUGAUGUCACAGGGCGAGAGGAGGAGUCAGCAGCAGAGGGAACCAGUGACAGAACAGAGCAGGUGACGGCAGCUCACCUGGAGCGCACAGAGAAGCAGCUGCAUGGCCUGUCAGAGAAGAGCGUAGAGAAGAUUGUAGGUAAGCAGGCAGCGCUAGGCUGGUCGGCUGCUCUCUGUCCAAUAACUCACUGCUUUGGACCAGAGCUGGAGAUGGCACUGAACACCGAGCAGGAGGAGAAGAGGCUGCUGAGGGAGCAGGUGCACAACCUCGAGACGUCCAAACAGGCAGAAAUCACCAAACUGCAGGAAGAGAUCACAAAGCUGUCUGACAAGUUAAAGAAGAAACAGGAGAGCUUUCAGCGUCUGCAGGGAGAGAAGGAGGCUCUAUACAACGACAGCAGGACAAAGAUUGAUGAGAUCAACCAAAGAAAAGAGGAGGAACUGAAAGCUUUGAACCUCCGCAUCCAAAAACUGCAGUCAGACCACAUGGCAGCCAAUCAGGCGACGGCAGAGCUGAGAGAGCAGCUGCAGAGCAAAGAGAGAGAACAUGAGCUGGCGCUGCACAACCUGAAAGACCAGGUAGCCAGUCAGAGCGCAGUCAGUCAGGAACAGGUGGACAACAUCCUACAGGAGAACGAUGCUCUGAGGACAAACCUAGCUGCUCUAGAACAGAUCCAGACGGUGAAGACUCAGGAGAUGAAUCUGCUGCGUGAACAGCAGGAGGCGCUGACGUCCGAGCUGCAGCAGAGAAGAGCCGAACAGGAGAGUCUGUUAGCUCAGAGGGACGACCUCAACUCCCAGCUGCAGGAGUCCAGUUUUGCAAACAGGAAGUUGUUGGAGCAGCUAACAGAAGAAGGACAGGAGAAAGAGAAGCUGCUGAGAGAGCUGGACGAGGCCAAGAAGACAGCAGAGAAGAGGAAGGCCAUGCUGGACGACAUGGCCAUCCAGCUGAACCAGGAGAAGUCUGACCACAAGGAGGCGCUGUCAGACCUCAAACUGCAGCACGAGAAGGAGGUUCUUGGAGUGAGGGCUCGGUAUGAGAAGGAGCUCCGAGGUCUCCAUGAAGACAAGAAUCGGUCAGAGGAGGAGAUCCGACAGCAGCUCAGAGAUGAAAAGGCUCGUACGAAGGAGUUGGAGGGUCUCCAGCAGCGGGUGGAGGAGCUGCAGGCUCAGGUUUUAUCCAUGGAGGGAACCAAAGGAUGGUUCGAGAGAAGACUCAAAGAGGCUGAGGAGAACAUCGAGAAAAAAUCUCUGGAACAUCAGGAGGAGUUUGAGCGCCUGCAGAAGGAACAGACUCUUCAGCUGGAGGAGAAGCAGUCAGAGAUGGAGGGUUUGAAGCAGCAGCUGGUGGAGGUGGAGAAGCAGAAAGAGGAACACAACGACACUAUCGCAAAACUCAAACAGGAGAUUAAAGACACGGUGGAUGGACAGAGGAUCCUGGAGAAGAAGGGAAGUGCUGCGCUGAAGGAUCUGAAGCGGCAGCUGCAGCUGGAGAGGAAGCGAGCAGACAAGCUGCAGGAGAGACUCCAGGAGAUCUUGACCAACAGCAAGACCAGGACAGGUCUGGAGGAGCUGGUUCUGUCAGAAAUAAACAGUCCCAGCCGGACUCAGCAGACCGGAGACUCGUCCUCCGUCUCCUCCUUCUCCUAUAGAGACAUGAUGAAGGAGUCCCAGCCAACCAAUCAGAACAAGUCCGGAGGAGGCAGCCCUCAGUCGCAGCGUCCGGCUGAACUCUCCGAUGACGAGGUCGGGGAGUUAUUUCAGCGCCUCGCUGAGGUUCAGCAGGAGAAAUGGAUGCUGGAGGAGAAGGUGAAACACCUGGAGGUGAGCUGCUCGUCGAUGGCUGAGGACAUCUGCAGGAAGAGCGCCAUCAUAGAGACCUACGUGAUGGACAGCCGCAUAGACGUGUCUGGCAGCGCGGUCGGGGGUCAUGGAGGCUCUCAGGCCGACAGAGGAGGUCUGGGUUCCGUCCUCAGAGAUCUGGUGAAACCGGGAGACGAGAACCUGAGAGAGAUGAACAAGAAGCUGCAGAACAUGCUGGAGGAGCAGCUGACCAAGAACAUGCACCUGCAGAAGGAUCUGGAGGUUUUAUCCCAGGAAUUAGUCCGUCUCAGUAAGGAGAGUCCAGCUGGAAGCACAGCCGGGUCGGGAUGAGACUAUCGCCUGUACCCAUCAGUCCAUACCCUCCAAAGCACAGCUGGAAUAUACGGGCUGGGCUCUGACUAACAUCUGGAAUCUACAUCUUUCAUUCCUCUUCAUGAACCUAAAGCGUGCCGUGGGCGUCAACUACUGUCUGGAGUCAUUGCGAUAUCACAACCUCAGUCUGCCUGCCGGGCUGUGACUAAAUGCUGGAAUCUGUCCAUUUUUUGUUUGUUGGUGUGAAUUGAAGAGCGAGUUUUAAAGAAGUAGAAGAAGAAAGAGACGACCAAUAGGAUGGAAAGUUGGCCUCAGCUCAUUUCUGUUGCUAUUGAAUGUACUGUAAUUAGACUGCACCAGUCGGUCCUGGCUACAACCUGGAAAUCAUGCAUUGUAACAGACUGUAAGUCUUUCCUUUAACCAGUUUUUGUCUCUGUCGGGUCAUGGCUAUGUUCUGGAAUCUAACUAAUCUAAUCUAACUGAAUGACUCGUG